AUGGAAACGUAUGAUGUUAUUGUUGAAUCCCUUGACAACUCCUUCAAGAUGGAUGCAAAGCUCACAAAGGUUGACAAGAACGAACUGUUGUCAAUAGACAAUCCACAGUACGAACACGUUAAAGCCAAGUACCCCCACCUAGCCCAAGUCAACUUGACCGACAACGACAAGAAAGACCAAUUACCGAUUCAUGUUAUUCUAAGCGUGGGUGACUAUACAAGAAUUAAGACCAACCGACCACCAGUGGUAGGUGAAGCUGGAGAACCUGUUGCUGGAGAACCUGUUGCUUUCAAGGUUCUUAUUAGCUAA